CCAACAUAGGCCCUCCUUGUUAAUCAGCAAUACGGAUACUCGCACUCGCGCGGGCAGCCUGUUGGGCGGGGUCCCAGGAGAGACCCGACGUCAGUCGACUUCUCAAGCAAUGACAUUGCCUCGAUCUCUACUAGACAUUGUCAUUUCUUUAGAACAUAGAUGUUUUGCAAUCUUCUGCAUUGUUCUGCUUUCGAGCUAGGAGUCCGAGAUGUUUGAGAUCCAAGGUCAAUGGCUCCUUCAGUCGACUUUCUGUGCUGGAUCUUCCCUGUGCACACAUCACGCAGCCGUCCGGUUAAAUCAGUCGUGAUUCCCAAGAAAGCCAUACGUAUUAGCUUCACUAUAUGCCUCGGAUUGUUGAAAGAAUGGAGAUCUCACCAAAAGUCUAGACAAAGGUAUCAAAAGACCAUCACGAAAUGAAGAGGA